AUGGGAGGGGGCCAUGGCGCCGGCUCGACCUACAAGGGGGUGACGAUCCACCAUCCGAAGCGAUGGCACACCGUCACCGGGAAGGGCUUGUGCGCCGUCAUGUGGUUCGUUGCUGGAUUCCCAUCGGAAUGUCCUCUGCAUAGAGGAUUCACGCUUCCUUGUCCUCAUAUUUUCUCCUCGUCCUCCAGGGCUGCCCAUCUGUUCGUUUGAUCGUACAUCGUGUUUUGCUGAUACAUUCAAUCGUCUGAUCUAAGCACUUGCCGUCCAGUUGUUAGGACAUCAAUUUUUAAUGCCUACGAGGAAACCCUAGUCUGAUUUUUUUUAUCGCACCAUUGGGGUCACGAUUAGCUCCCGAGGGUUUCCAAUUGUUGAAUGGUAAUGCGCUCAGGGUGAGGAUGGUGAAGCCGUUUCGGCGAACCCUUUCUAUGGGACGUAAAAUGUGAAUGAGGGGAUCGCACCGGGAGGAAGGCUUAUUUCUUCUGACUUUGAGCGCUGGAAAAUUAAGAAAUCUGCCCCUUUUUUUUCUUUAUGAACUGGAACGUAGGCGGAUCCUUUUGCAAAGUUUUAAACGAGAUAUUUGUCACAUGCAUGAGCGGAAGACAUAGAACUGAUAUUUCUGAAGGGAGGUGAGGAAGGCGGAAAAAAUAGGCCAAAUUAUUGAUCCAACCACUGGCAUCUCUUGAAUAAUAGAACUCAAUGUAAUAUAUCAGUAAAAAAAUAGUUAAACGAAUGGCUAUCAGCUUUAUGUUAGGGAUAUAAAAGUGGCUGAAAAAAUUCCCUGUUUUCUGUACGGGUGAAUGUUCAUCCAUCCAAUGAUUAGAAUGCUGCAUUGUAUUUAGCAAUCAUGCCAUAAUUCCAUUUUUCCCAUGAAUAAUCUAAAAUAGGAGUCUUCUAAACUGAAUCCUUUUUGAAGUUGCAUCAAUAUUCACUUGCCUACCUUUCCUGGUGUAAAUAAAUUAUGUCUAUCUUUUGUUCGUCAUUCGGGAGUUUUGUUUGAAUGUGUUUCUAGAAAAAGUGUGUUCUUAAACAUAAAUGAUUAAGUGUAAACAAUCUUGAUCAGCAGUUUAUUGACUUCUCUAGCAUUCUUUGCUAGUGCAGGUUUUGGAUCUUUUACAGAGCUAAACAAGAUGCCCCUGUAGUUUUGGUAAUUUCUUUUCCAAAACUGAAAAUCUCUUUUGUAUGUAGAACAUUACUUUGCAUCUGAACACUUCUUGCAGGGUUGGCGUCAUCCUUGGGAAGGGCAUGAAGCCCACUCUCAUGGCCAUGAGAAUGAACACGAGGUACAGAUUUGGCCCAAAAUUUUAUAUGGUUUAAUCAUACGCGGAGACCACACUAGAAUAGAUCAUGUUUUAUGCAUUAUUUGGUGAUUAAAAUGAAUACUCGUCAGGUUGUUGCAUUUAUGUAACUUAAAAGAGGAAGGCAUUCCCGCACUAUGUUUGGCUGAAAAUAUUGGUGGACAUUUUCACCAUAAAGUUUAAAAGACAACCUGGAUUUUUAUAAGUUACGGGAAGUAGAUAUUGGUGCUACUGUAGAAGCCUCUUGACACCUGUUUAGAGAGCUCUUGAGAUGCCUUUGCCUGUUAAAAUCCUUUUAGCUGGUUUGGCUCUUGGACCAACGAUAGCUUCUCUUUUAUUGUUUUGAAUCUCCUUUGUGAGUUGGUGACUGUUAUCUUGAAGGGCCAGAUCACACUAUCUUAGGUACAUUGUCGUUAGUGUUUUGAACCCUGGACCUUGGGGUCUGUGUAGGGUAUUGAGUAUAAUUUUCUUCUUAUUGAGACAUGUUUUCAGAGAUUGGAACUACCCAAAAUCGAUUAGAAGAACAUAACAUUUUUUUGAUACAGAAUACAGUUCACUUGAUAUAUCAAGCCCUUCUGGUAUGAUCAACACCAUCUGGGUGUAGUGUCACGGUUUUGAUGUAAUCUUGGGUUUUCUGGAGUUAAUUUUCUCACACAUGUACAUUUAUUUUCAUAAUUGAAUCUAUUGGAAUAUCAUAACAUCUUUUUGAAAACAUAUCCAGAUGUAUAGGAUCCGGAUUGAUUGUGAAACUACCCAAAAUCGAUUAGAAGAACAUAACAUUUUUUUGAUACAGAAUACAGUUCACUUGAUAUAUCAAGCCCUUCUGGUAUGAUCAACACCAUCUGGGUGUAGUGUCACGGUUUUGAUGUAAUCUUGGGUUUUCUGGAGUUAAUUUUCUCACACAUGUACAUUUAUUUUCAUAAUUGAAUCUAUUGGAAUAUCAUAACAUCUUUUUGAAAACAUAUCCAGAUGUAUAGGAUCCGGAUUGAUUGUGAAACUACCCAAAAUCGAUUAGAAGAACAUAACAUUUUUUUGAUACAGAAUACAGUUCACUUGAUAUAUCAAGCCCUUCUGGUAUGAUCAACACCAUCUGGGUGUAGUGUCACGGUUUUGAUGUAAUCUUGGGUUUUCUGGAGUUAAUUUUCUCACACAUGUACAUUUAUUUUCAUAAUUGAAUCUAUUGGAAUAUCAUAACAUCUUUUUGAAAACAUAUCCAGAUGUAUAGGAUCCGGAUUGAUUGUGAAACUACCCAAAAUCGAUUAGAAGAACAUAACAUUUUUUUGAUACAGAACACAGUUCACUUGAUAUAUCAAGCCCUUCUGGUAUGAUCAACACCAUCUGGUUGUCACGGUUUUGAUGUAAUCUUGGGUUUUCUGGAGUUAAUUUUCUCACACAUGUACAUUUAUUUUCAUAAUUGA